AUGUUUUUGUUUUUCUUGUGGGGAGUUUUCUUUGAUAUUGCUCACGGACCCGGGCUUGGCGGCCCUUUUUCUCUCUUGACGUCUGCCCAGGCGGACAAAGAUCAGCCACGGGCAUCCGCUGAAAACACGGCGGAAGCUCGUGGAAACGGUGUGGUACUUCUCACCGCCGGGGCGCAGCAAGGAGUGCCGGUAUUGCAGAGUGAUGGCGACCCUACUGGAGAGGUUGGCAAAGCAAGCAGCCUGGGUCAAGAGACCGGUGCAGCAGAGACGAGUCAGCCAACAUCGCCUGCGGAUGUUUCCGCUGCCAAAGAAGCAGCUGAUGAGAAAGCGAAGGCCAAGACCGAGGAGGUGCCAAAGCCAGAAAGUCCGACAGCUGCGGAACCUGGUCUCGGGGAGAGCUCCUCGAAGGAUCAAGCCGCUGGAGGUGAAGGCGAACCGUGCCUAGAAAGUGCAACAGCCGAUUCCGCUUCCCCAACACAGCCUCGUACCAGGUUUGCAGACGAAGUUGGUUGCGAUGCGAGCAAUACCUCAGCUGCCGAAGUUGAGUCUGCGGCAGAGAAGAGUCAGGCAUCAAACUCGGUGGGUCGUCCGUUAGCCGGAGAGCUUUGUUCUGGCAAUGGCCAUGAUGGUUCCCGCAGCUACUCCGAGGACCCAGCAAAACCUUCGGAGGAUGCAGCAUUGUCGAGGGCAGCAGGAGCAGAGGACCAUCCCGACCAAGUCGUGCAAGGUGCUUCAGAUGCCGAAGCUGCGGAUGCGGAGAGAGGCACAGACGAGGUCCCGAAGUCAGAUCGGCCGACAGCGGAGGAACUUGGACUUGGUGAUGACUCGCGCAGCUACUCUGAGGAUCCAGCGUCGCCAUCGGAAGACGGGGCAUUCUCGAGGGCAGCAGGAGCAGAGGACCAUCCCGACCAAGUCGUGCAAGGUGCUUCAGAUGCCGAAGCUGCGGAUGCGGAGAGAGGCACAGACGAGGUCCCGAAGUCAGAUCGGCCGACAGCGGAGGAACUUGGACUUGGUGAUGACUCGCGCAGCUACUCUGAGGAUCCAGCGUCGCCAUCGGAAGACGGGGCAUUCUCGAGGGAAGCAGGAGCAGAGGACCAUCCCGACCAAGUCGUGCAAGGUGCUUCAGAUGCCGAAGCUGCGGAUGCGGAGAGAGGCACAGACGAGGUCCCGAAGUCAGAUCGGCCGACGGCGGAGGAACUUGGACUUGGUGAUGUUUCGCGUAGCUACUCUGAGGAUCCAGCGUCGCCAUCGGAAGACGGGGCAUUCUCGAGGGCAGCAGGAGCAGAGGACCAUCCCGACCAAGUCGUGCAAGGAGCUUCAGAUUCCGAAGCUGCGGAUGCAGAUAGAGCGACGGCGGAGGAACUUGGACUUGGUGAUGACUCGCGUAGCUACUCCGAGGAUCCAGCGUCGGCUUCGGAGGAAGCAGGGUCAGAGGACCAUCCCGACCAAGCCGUACAGGGUGCCACAGCUGCCAAAGAAGCAGCUGCUCACAUAGCAACGGACGAUGUGUCGAAGUCGGAUCCGCCGACCGCCGAGCAGCUGGGUGUUGACUCCCCAAGGGACUCAAGGACGCUGUUGCCAUUCGCAGUGGACCUUCAAGAUCCCGCUAGCUCUCCCGAAAGCAAUUUCCUGCCAGAUCCUGCUUCGAUCGAGAUCCGACCAGAUGAGGCGGUGGCUGAGUUUCCGUGGGACACGAAGCCGAUAUCCUCGGAUGAGGACAUCGCAGAAUACGAAGCCAGCUACGCGGAGACGGAAGAGGAAGGCAAGAGCUCCGUUUCUGCCCCAAAGUCCGGCAUUGCCGUGAGUGAAGAUCUGGCGCACAGCCAUGCCUCCUCAGAUCAUGCAGAUCAGCGGGGUCCUCUCCGUGCGAGCAGCUCUGAAAGCUCCAAUAAGCUCACGGUGUCCGAAGACAGCAAGGUCAUCGAGUCCUCACAAUCCAGGUUUCUCCAGCCAUUGGAGGAAGCAUCUGUUCUGGAAUCAGGGUAUUCCGGUCAGUGGUCGGAGCUGGAUGCAGGCCCAAGGCAUGUGUCGAAGGAUCUCAGUGAAGAUGCAUACUCUGGAGAAUGGUCCGAGGAAGGCGCAUGA